AUGUUGAAGCCUAGGAGACAGAGCAUCCCCGUGCCAUUCAUCGUCCGUCGGCGACUCUCCAUCUUGAUUCUUGUUGUUCUCUUCAUCUUUGUCCUCCACUGCCUCCCGUCGCAUAACAAGCGCGUCGUCGGUGGGAAAUGGCUGCCCGAUUAUGACGUCGAGGAGCGCCCGCGCUACCUGCAUCGUUCCUCGUAUCGACAAUCGCCUGAUUAUGCAUUUGAGCGCAGAGUUUCGGGGGCUCUCGAACAAAUCGAACGAAAUGCCAUCGCGGAGAAUGGCGACUUGCGCGCAGACGAUCGCAUUUGGCAGAUUCGACUCGGAACUCCGAAUACCGAGCGGGGGUCCGAUUCGCUGCAAUUUGAGGAGAAGAACAAGGAGUGGCAGUACACUUUAGUGACAGAUGCCCAAGCCGACGAGUUCAUCACAAAGACCCUCUCCACCGUCCCCGACCUCAAGAAGCUCUACGACUCCUAUCCAUACCACGUCAUCCGGUCGGACCUCCUUCGCUACCUCUUACUGUGGUACUACGGAGGCUACUAUGCCGACUCAGACGUCUAUCCCGCCAAAUCCAUCAAGUCGUGUCCCUCGCUGAAACCUGUAUUCGGGGACGCCAAUACUGCAAAAAACGUGUCGCUCGUUGUCGGAGUCGAGAUUGACGAACCGCACGCAUCGCCUCAGCUGAUGCACGACUGGCAUUGGAUCCGGACAUACGGGCUGAUCCAGUACAACAUCUAUGCGCCGCAGCGAUUCAGUCCGCUGCUCCGGGAGGUUAUCGUGCGCGUGCUGUCGCACACGCGUCAACAUAACCGACAUAGCAUACCCCUGAUAGGACCUCGAUAUAACGAAAAGACCAUCCUCGAAGUCACCGGACCGGGCGUCUUCACCGACGCAAUCCUCGACGCCUUAACCGACGAAUUACCGACGACACAUCCAUUAAUCAAGACGUCCGUCGACGCCGACGAGCCCUUCGGCGAUCUCGUCUCGCGCGCCGGCGCGCACUAUCGGCGAGUGACUUGGGCGCCGUUCCACAAGAUCCAGGAACCACUCUGCGUCGAUGCGGAUGAAGCUGCGGUCGGCAAGCGGAUGGGCGGGCUGUGCGUGCUUCCGAUCAACGCCUGGGGUAAUGGGCAGCGACAUAGUGGUGCGGAGAACUUUCAGAGUAAGCACGCUUGUAUAAAUCAUCGGUUUGGAGGGAGUUGGAAGAAGACUUGGUGGAGCAGCCAUUUUGGGUAG